AUGACUCAGCAGGGUGGGGAGUUGCCACCACUGCCAGCACCAAUAUUUUUAUCAACAAAUGAUACAUUGGAGGAAGGAGCCACAGCUGAACUGAAGUGCCUUAUUCCACAAGAUCAACGGCAUCACACAGAGAAUAUAUUUUUUGUCUAUAAAAAUGGAGAUGUCGUAUAUAAAAAGGAGAUUCCAAUUCCAGCUAUUUCAUACAUUAUUAAAGAUGUCCUGAAGUCAAAUGGUGGGAAUUACACAUGUAAAUAUUGGGUGAAGAUAAACGAUCAAUACCAGAUAUCUUUAAAAAGCAAUCCUGUGCAACUGAAAGUGACGGGUUUACCAAAUGCCAUAAAAAUUGCACUUUCAAGGGACAAAAUGAAGAUAACAUUUCAAUGCAUUCUAUCCAGAGUUACCUCAAAGAGGCAGAUGAAUGAAAACUUCUAUCUCUACAGAGAUGGCAUCCUCGUUAAAAAAAUGCCUGACAAGAAAGUAAAUUAUGUAGCAGUCUUUACCUUACAAGAAGAAACUGCAGAACAUGGGAAGUACAGGUGUGGAUUUGGGAAGAACCACAAUGACCUGGAAUCACUGAAGCUCAGCGCACCCUUCUACUAUCCAGAGAGAGAAUCUCAAGGAGUCACUACAGCCCAGCAGCCAAACACAACAGAUUCUUCAUUAAACCAUCAUGAAGCUGGGCAUGGAACAGUUCCUUUGGCUGUCGGAAUUGGACUAGGUAUUGCAGCCAUUCUGUUAGCGAUUGGAGGCCUAUUUCAAUAUCGUCAUUUUGCACAUCCAGUAAACACCUGGCCUGACAGCAUUGAAUAUAGUGACGCUGCCAUUGUUGCUGCUGCUGCAGGAAGGAGAAGAAUUGCUGUCACUUCCAACAAAUGUAAUAAAAGGUGCAAUAAGGAACUUUACUGUAACACGAGAAGCAUUGACUAUCAUGUGGAAGAGGAGCUCAUUUAUGCUAAUCAGGUAAAACCUGCCAUUUACCUUCCUAGGAUGGAGACACAUAUAUUGGUCCCAUAUGCUUUAACUGUAAAGCUUUUUAAUGACAAAUAAUGCUGCUGUCAUUUUAUUCCACCUCACGAGCACCACAAUUGGCUCCUGAACUUCAUUAUUUUUAUUUCUGCUCCUUGUGCUCUUUGUAACUUUGGGUUGUUUUUAUAGGAAUGGUUAAAAACACAUUUGAAUGCAGAUGAUCAAGCAAACCUAACCCAUCCAAACGGACAAUGAUCAACUCAAGAAAAAAAGGAAGAGUCUGCAGCAGUUCAGUUAAAACCUUUUUCCUUAUUUUUGAAAUCCAUCCUGGGCACUCUGAGGGCUGGCCUGUGUGACUGAAGUCUCAUCUAUUUCCUCAACAGCCUAAAGUCAAUUAAUCUCUAAAAUAGUAAUAUUCUGCUCCUUUGUUGCCAUAUCACAUUGAACAGUGCAGGCAAUGAUGUUUAGGACUACCAGGGUACGUUCCAUUUCACAGUUAUGGCACUGCACUCAUGCCAAGUCACUAGGGUAGUAAUCUUUUGCUUUCUCUCCCCUUUUUUUAAUAGAUGCAGAUUUGUAUUGAAUAUAAAGACAAAAAGGGGAAAAAAAGUAA